AUGUCGGAGAAGGUUGAGGUCGAGAAGGACAUUGUCAACCAUAUCGAAAGUAUCCCGGGGAACAAUGCAGCCUCCUCGACCAAUGAGAAUGACACUUGGAAGGAACUAUGGCAGAACAGGAGGGUGUUGCUGUGGUGCCUUCUCAUCUUCCUGCUUCCAGUCAACUUCGGUUACGAAAAUGCCAUGAUCGGAAACCUGUUCGCUUCUAGUGCCUUUCAGCUAAGAUUCGGUGUGGAGGUCAAUGGCAGUUGGGCUGUUGCAGCUCGGGAUCAACAGAUCCUUAACGCAGCUCCCACAAUCGGUCUCUUUGCUUCGGCGCUGGCCACCGGUUUCCUUUCAGACUUCCUUGGUAGAAAGAAAGUGGUCAUCUUGGCCUGUAUAAUUUGCAUCGGUGGUGUCAUUCUCCAAUACUUCAGUGAGACAGUGAUGAUGCUUUUCGGUGGGAAACUAGUUGCAUGCUUUGGAUUUGGUCUGGGACAUUCUCUUGGCCCCGUCUGGGUGGCGGAAUUGGCGCCCAACUCGAUCCGUGGUAUCUGUCUUGCUCUGAUUAACACCAUGAUCGUGAUAGGACAAUGGUUGUCCUCUCUUUGCAUCUACGCCACCUCAUUCAGAGAUAACGAUUUAGCCUGGCGGAUUCCCCUGAUCACCCAAAUCAUCAUGCCAGGUCUCCUAUUAAUCAUCGGUCUCCCUCUGCUCCCCGAGUCACCAACAUGGCUCUUAAUGCGUGGCCGAGAUGAAGAAGCCCACAAGGCUCUCAAAAGGUUCAACGGCCCGAGGUUCGACGCCGACAGCGCACUGCAGAUUAUGCGCAACGCUUUGGAGAUGGAGAAGAGUGCAACCGAAGCGCAAAGCUCCGCCAGCUACCUAGACUGCUUCCGGGGGCCCAACCUUCGCCGAACAACUAUCAUCUGCAUGGUAUACCUUGCGCAGCAGUUCCUCGGUGUCAACUUUGUCUCUGGCUAUCUGACCUACUACUUCGACCUCGCUGGAGUGGGCAACGCUCUGGCUGUCGCUCAAGGCGCCUACGCUAUCCAACUUUUUGGUAACAUGUGCUCAUGGCCCUUGAUUGAGCGAAUUGGAAGACGUUCCAUGCUUGUCUACGGCUCCAUAAUCAUGACCGUUGGUCUCUUGAUCAUUGGCUGCAUCAAUAUCAAGAUCACCGAGGCCUCGCUCAAGGCUACAGUUGCUCUGAUGUGUCUCUGGGGAUGGUUGUACCAAGGGUCCCUCGGAGCCGUCGCCUACGCCGUCGGUGGUGAAACUCCCACGCCCCGUUUACGGCAAAAGACCUACGCUAUCAAUAUUAUGAGCGCAACCGCCGUUUCCUGUAUGGUGAACCAGGUCCUCCCGUACCUGAUUAAUCCCGAUAAAGCCAACCUGGGUGGCAAGAUUGGGUUCAUCUUCUUUGGCCCUUCUGUUCUGGUUUGCAUUUAUCUUUUCUUCUGUGUGCCUGAAAUGCAAGGCCGUACUCCUGAGGAGCUGGAGGAGAUGUUUACUGUUGGGGUCCCGGCAAGGAAGUUCCAGACUUAUAUAUAUAUUUGA